AUGGCAGUAGCUGUGGCCCGGCUUGUGUUUCUCCAGCUUGCUUUCGGGCCAGCUCUGGUUGUGGACAUCGAGAUGCAGAUUGCCAUCAAGGACUUCCACAUGCUACACGUCGAUUAUCCCAGGGUGCACUACCCAAAGGGUUUCCAGGGCUACUGUAAUGGUCUCAUGGCCUAUGUAAGGGGCAGAAAGCAGAAGAGCUGGUAUUGCCCGCAAAUCCAUUAUAUGGUGCAUGCCCCCUGGAGAGAAGUCCAGAAGUUCUGCAAGUACAGUGAGAGUUUCUGUGAGAAUUACAACGAAUACUGUACAUUCACAGAGGACUCCUUCCCCAUCACGAUCUGUUCUCUGGCCCCUAAUCAGCCGCCCACCAGCUGCCACUACAACAGCACCCUAACCAACCAAAGGCUCUACCUGCUCUGUUCCGGAAAGCGUGAUGCGGAACCGAUAGAUAUCAUUGGUGUCUACUAG